CCAGCAAUUGUCAGAGAACAGUGCCACCCACCUGUGCCACCCACCUGUGCCCAUCAGUGCCACCCACCUGUACCCAUCAGUGCUACCCGCCUGUGCCCUGCAGUGCCACCCACCUGUGCCCACCAGUGCCACCCACCUGUGCCCAUCAGUGUCCUCCCACCUGUUCCUUGCAGUUCCACCCAACAGUGCCACCCACCUGUGCCUAGCAGUGCCACCCACCUGUACCCAGUAGUGCCACCCAUCAGUGCUGCCCAUCAGUGCUGCCCAGCAGUGCCACCUAUCAGU